AUGGCGCGGACGCAGCGUCUCUGGCGGGCCGUCCUCGCCCUGGCCGCGCUUGUUUCAUCUGUCGCCGCAGGCCCCCACGGCGGCGAGGAACAUGAUGACGACGACGACGACACCGCCGUCCCCGCCAUCGCCCAGUUCUGCGUCGACGGCUGGGACGCCCACGGGCCUCGCUUCUGCAUGGCCUCCAACAUGUACCACAACCACUCGACGUCGGCGCACGACAUGCUCGUCACCGUCGAGGUGAGCCGCCCUGCCAACGACACCCUCGCCAGCACCGGCUGGCUCGGCAUUGGCUCCGGCGCCGUCAUGUCCGGGUCGCUCAUGUUCCUCAUCUACGGCGAUCCCGUCGCCAAGCAGGGCCCCUUUGUGAGCGCCCGCGGCGUCGAGGUCGGCAGCGGCCACACGCAGCCCGACGUGCUGUCCCAGGACGACGCCAGCCAGAACCACGGCGUCCUGGUGCGGCAGCUCGGCGCCGGCGAGUGGAAGACGGCCGACGACGGAUCGCAUGUCGGCGUCGUGAGGUUCGCGUGCUAUGGAUGCACAAAAUGGCACGGCCACGCCGUCGACCCCGAGGCCACGUCGCAGCCGCUGAUCUGGGGCUUCAACGAGGACGAGGACAUGGCGCCCUACGCCUGGGACCAGCCCCUGCGCAAGCACGUCGGCGUCAACGGCUGGGGCAACUUCUACGCCAACCUGCACGCCGCCUCGACGCACCACGCCACCGGCCCGCCCGACGUCUUCCGCGGCCAGGACCGCAUCAACGCCGCGGCCUCGCACAUUCUCGUCAAGCAGCCCUCCUUCUUCCAGCGGCUCCGCGCGCGCCCCUCUGCCUACGUCCACGGCUUCGUCAUGCUCGUCGCCUUCCUCCUCCUCUUCCCGCUCGGCGUCGUCGGCAUCCGCUCCGGCCUCGACAAGGCCUUCAAGUACCACUGGACGAUCCAGGCCGGCGCCAUGGCCUUCGCGGCCGUCGGCGCCGCGCUCGGCGUCUACAUGAGCCGCGGCAACCUCUUUGGCUCCGCGCACCAAAAGAUUGGCCUCGCCGUCUUCGCGCUGCUCUUUGCGCAGGCGGCGUCGGGCUGGUGGCACCACGUCCGCUUCGUCCAGAUCCGCCGCCGCACGUGGGUCUCGUACGGCCACAUGGCGCUCGGCUGGGCCAUUCUGCUCGGCGGCUGGGCGAAUGCCGUCACCGGCUCCAUGUUGUUUGGCGUGGGCCGGCUCGGGCUGUUUGUGCUGGUGGCGCUGGUUGCGACGGAGCUCAUGGCGCUGGGGACCGUCGUGUACAUUGCCAAGCGCAAGCGCCAGCAGGACCAGGCGAAAGCCAAGGCACAGGCGACGGACUGGCGUGACGAGGACAAUGAAGAGUACUUUGCGCUCGAUGAGGUGGACAGUGAGGACGAGGACGAGGAUGCGUCGGGUAGAAAGUCGGACGAAAAGCUACGACCGGCCAAGUACCACAAAUGA